ACGGUUUUUUAAAUUUUUUUAACUUUUACAUUUUUCAAUUUUACUUUUCAAAAAGUUUAAUAAUUACAAUUUUACCUUUUCCCUUCUUCCUUACACACGUACACGCACGCCACCUCAUAACUCCUUUCUUAUUAUUUUUUUUUUUGAAUUUUUCAUUUAUCUGAUUCUUCCACUCUUCAAACCGAGCUUCCCACGAUCACCAUUAUCAAGCCCUAACCAAUUUCUUCUUCCCACGAUCACCUUCUCCAAGCCCUCACCCACGUUUUCCUCAACCUACAUUGUCAUCCUCCACUAUAUUUUCUCUAUAUAAAUGGCAACCACUAGAAGUGGUUCGAAAUCACCAUCUCCGGCGAAGAAAGUUUCUAAAAAAUCGAAGAAGGCUCCAACUGUUACUUCCAAAGUCGAACCUAAGAUGGGGUUAAAAAAAAUGGCUAAAAAUUUAGUGGCUGAUGUUCCAGAGACAUCGGGCACUAAGAAAAGAGCCCCUCCUGUUAAAGCCGAUGCUCCUAAGACUAAGAGAGCAAAAAUUUCCAAGUCUGCACGCGAUGUUUCCUCAGAUUCUGAUUUUGAGGAUGAAGUGCAUGGUGAGGACCAAAAGCCCAAAGUUGAAUCAAAGGUCCAUGCUAGGACCUCAGUGAAGGUUGAAGGAUUUGACCUACCAAAGAAAAAUCCCCCUAAGGUGUCCUUUUUUAAAAAAAAAAAAUAUUUUUAUUAUUUGUUUUCUGUUUUUUUUUUAGUUUUUUUUGUUUUUGUCCUGAUUUAUUUUGUUUAUAUUGAUACAGGAAUGGGAUUAUAUUUAUGACCAGAAGAAUCUAUUCAUUGCGAAAGCCUUUUCCACUGCUACUUUCCAGGUGAUAGAGAACAUUAAGUCUUGUCUUUCAGAUGUACAGCUUGAAAUGUUUUCAAAAACCUGUUUUGGUCAUUUCCUUAACCUUCCCGGUUUUAAAGUUCAACCCCAAGUGUUUCAUGGGUUGUUGCUCCGGGAGGUUCAGCAACCUAAUGAUGCUGAGUUGUGGGUAAUGAUACACGGUGUUAGGCUUAGGUUUAGCAUUGAGGAAUUUGCAUUGAUUACUGGGUUAGACUGUGAAGGUGACUGUAGUGUCUUAGAUUUUAAGCAAGAGGUUAAUAGUCUUUGUGAAAGAUAUUGGCCAACUUCGUCCUCUAUCACUAAGGAAUCUGUUAGGGAAUGUUUUACCACCAAGAGGUGGGGUGAUUCUGAUGAGGAUGCUCUGAAGUUGGCAGUUUUGUAUUUCGUGGAGUGGUUCUUGCUUAGUGGCACUAAGCAUAAAAAUGUACCCAAGUCUAUUUUAGAUGUUGUAGAUAGUGGGAGGUACAAUGAAUUUGCUUGGGGCCGGAGUUCUUUUGAAUUGACUAUUUCCUCAUUGAAGGGUAAGCUUGAUAGUUGGGUUGAGGGUGUUAGGAAGGCAAGGAGUUCGGGAAAGAGGCCGAGUGUUUUUUACACUUUGAUUGGUUGUCCUCAUGUUCUUCAAGUUUGGUUCUACGAGUGUUGUAAGUACAUGAAAGGUAAGUACUGCCAAAAGGAAAGCUCUCGUAUUCCAAGGAUCACUCAGUGGACAUGCAAUAGUCAACCUACUUUCAAAGUUUUGAAGACUACUAUCUUUGAUGUUUCCAAAGAUAAGCUGCAACUUUCAAAUAUGAGGCCCACGGCUGGUGAGUUCAAAGCUUUGAAACUGAGCAGUUUCAAGUUCGACGCCGACUACAACUCUUACAAGAGUCUUCCUCUUCCCGAAGAGCCAACUGUUGCUCAGAGUGACAUUUCUGUCAAGCUUGAUGCCUUUUCUGAGAAAUUUCAUGGGUUGGAGGUCAAGAUCGAUUCGUUGCAUACUUCCCAACAGAAGAUUUCAUCUCGAUUUGGUUGA